UACAAUGAUAUUAUUAAUUAUAUUAUGCUGAAAAGAAAAAGAUAAGCUAAAAUUAAAAACAACGUUCGUCAAAAGUAAUUUGAGAACAAUAGGUUCACCCUGUUAUGAAUAAAAAUCAAUAUAUCCUAAUAACCCUCCAUGAUCCUACAGAAAUUUUCUCGGUCGUUGGUGUUCUUGUAGUGGGUUUGACAAUUUCUAGGUUAUGGUUGUUUUCUAACGACCGUACAUCAGAGAGAAUUCAAAACUACCGAAGAAGCAGCGUUCUAUUUUCGUAUUCGCGAACGGGUAAAGUGUGUAUGUUCUUACCUAAAGUGGGUGGGCAGAUUUCGUGUUUAUAAUGCGUCUGAAUGUAAGUAGAUUUAACAGAGUGCUGUGAAAUCUUCUGAAGAUGAACAAAAAGAAGUCCCAUUCGUCGUCAAAGCAGAACCAUCAUCGAAGACAAACAUCGACGGUGAAAAUGAAAAAACAGCUCAAUGAUUUGUGCGACCGAGUAUUUCACAUGAGCUGCGAUCCUGCGUAUAAUACACAACUAUGGGAUUACUGUUUGUAUAUCGCACCAAAUGUAAUGCUAAUUAGCUACUACAGUGCCUGCUUACUACCAAUGAAGACAAAUCAAUCAAAACAAUCUCGGGGGGUAGGACAAUUCAUGGAAUGGCUGAAAGAGAACGAUGUUAAUGUCGAUGGAGCAAGUAUUGUUGGCUUUACAGGAUACGAUUUAGGUCUAAAGGCAGAGCGUGAUUUUAUAGAGAAUGAACUUAUUUUGGAAAUACCUAGGAAACUUAUAUUUAGUACGCAAACAGCUGCCCCCGAGUUAGAAAGUUUUCAACGUGAUCCUUUGAUACAACAGAUGCCACAAGUGGCGUUAGCUAUCGCUUUGCUUAUCGAAAAGUAUAAAGAAAAUUCUAAAUGGAAACCGUAUAUUGAUAUUCUUCCUACUAGAUAUAAUACGGUACUUUAUAUGAACCUAACUGAAAUGAGCAAGCUUAAAGGCACUCUAACACUAGAAACUGCCUUGAGACAAGUCAGGAAUAUUACACGACAAUACACUUAUUUUUAUAGAGUUUUUCAAAAUGGUAACGACGCAGUGUCUAAUAUGCUCAAGGAUAUGUUUGCAUACGACGAUUAUAUCUGGGCCGUUUCUACAGUAAUGACAAGACAAAAUUUAAUUCCAAGCGAAGACGGGUCCAGCAUGAUUCAUGCUUUGAUACCUAUGUGGGAUAUGUGCAAUCAUGAAGAAGGAAAGAUAACUACUGGUUUUAAUACAACUUCCGAUUGUUGCGAAUGCUACGCAAUGAGAAAUUUUAAAAAAGGAGAACAAAUAUUUAUCAGUUACGGUUCAAGAACAAAUUCGGAUUUUCUAGUACACUCUGGUUUUGUUUGUCUAGAAAAUAAAAAGGAUGGAGUCAGAAUCCCUCUUGGUAUUAGCGCGUCAGAUCCUCUUAGAAAUGAACGUAUCGAACUUUUAGAUAAAUUAGGACUACCCGUGACGGGUAAAUUUUUAUUAGAGGCUGGCACUGAGCCGAUAUCCGAUUCGCUCCUGGCAUUUCUUCGUGUAUUUAAUAUGCGAAAGGCUGAUCUUACCCGUUGGUUAAAAUCGGAUAAAGUUACUGACUUAAAACACGUUGAUUGCGCUUUAGAUACCAUCGUCGAAGAAAAUGUGAUGAAAUUUUUGUUAGACAGAUUAAAAUUACUACUCGCUAAAUAUCCUUCGACACUAGAGGAGGAUUUAGAAAAACUCAACACCAGAUUACCAAAAAGGCAACGCUUGAUCGUGCAAUUAAGAGUAUCUGAAAUGAAGAUUCUAUUAAAUGCACUUGAUUAUGUAAAGCAAUGGUUAAAAGUCUAAAAAAUGGGGAACGCAAGAAUGACAAUGAAAAAACAACUGUCUUCUACUUUUUGUCCUAUAAGGAAUCUCUUUCUUUUUCUCUCUCUCUCUCUCUCGCUCUCUCUUUCUCUCGAAGAAUGUAAUUUUAUUUUUACAAUUAAAAGUUGUCUUAUAUUUCGGUGUUGGUAAAAGCCGAAUAUAAGCAAGAGAA